GCGUCAGUUGCUCGCCACCCUCGGAACGGAACGGAUCGGAAACUCGUGGAAUAGAGGCGAAGAUAUACUGCACCUCACCUCGGCGCUUUAUCACUAACGAAAGCAAAACAUUCUGAAUGCAAACACGGCUGCGAGUACGGACUUCAGUUAUUUUGUUUAACCAAUUGCGUGCGACACUCGCCUUGGGCCAAGUUUGAGGUAUUUUCCAAGUUGGCAUUAUUGUAAUUAGCCUGUCCGUGGAGACUACGAAACGAGACGAACAAAAAUAAAACGCAGAAUAAUUGCGCUGGAAAUAAUGUGCGCGGCUAAAAGCGCUAACGUAACGGCUAAAUAAUAGUAGAAAGUUUUUAUUGUUAUCUCUUCUUCUGAGCCGCAGCUGCCAAAAACCGAACAACCAUAGCAAGAGCUUUAUAAUUUUGCGUGUGAACAGAAAAGAAAAGAAAUCCGCAUUCGGUCCCAUAUCAUCGACUUAAUGUGAUUGUGUGUGCCCGGCUUACAAAAUUGCCAACGUUCAGACGCCGCUCGGUCAAUAAAGCCAAAUAUCUAAUAUACGCCAUAGUCAAGAUACAAACAAACCAAAAACAUGUCAGGUCCACUGCCCGAAAUCAGCGAAGAACAACGCGCCAUAUUGGAGAAGUUUCGCAAGCAAAUGGAUGAUGCUUUGGUUGGAACCCACGACGACUACUUCUUGGUGCGCUGGCUGAGAGCUCGCAAAUGGAAUCUGGAAGCCGCGGAGAAAAUGCUGAGAGCUAGUUUGAAAACCCGCGCCAUGUGGAAUGUGGACAACAUCGAAAAGUGGGAUCCACCGAAGGCACUGCAGGAGUAUCUGCCCUACGGCCUCAUGGGCUACGACAACGAAGGAUCUCCGGUGCUGGUCUGCCCCUUCGCCAACUUCGACAUGUGGGGCAUGAUGCACUGCGUCACGCGCUUUGAGUUCCAGAAGUACCUGGUCCUGCUGCUCGAGCGCUUCAUGAAGAUCGCCUACGACCAGAGCCAAAAGCACGGAUGGCGGGCCCGCCAGCUGGUCGUAUUUUUCGACAUGCAGGACGUGAACCUGAAGCAGUACGCCUGGCGACCGGCUGCCGAAUGUGUGAUCUCCACGGUGAAGCAGUACGAGGCCAACUUCCCGGAGCUGCUCAAGAUGUGCUACAUAAUCAACGCGCCCAAGCUCUUCUCGGUGGCGUUCAACAUUGUGAAGAAAUUCCUCGACGAGAACACCACCAGCAAGAUCGUGAUCUACAAAUCCGGAGUGGACCGCUGGCAGGAGCAGCUCUUCUCCCAUGUGAACCGAAAGGCGUUCCCGAAGGCUUGGGGCGGCGAGAUGGUGGACAGGAACGGAGAUCCCCAGUGCAAGGCACUGAUGGUCUGGGGAGGCAAGCUGCCGGAGGAGCUUUACAUUGAUCAGAGCAGCCAGCAGAGCGACCGAGACUUUGUGGAGGCCCAGGUUCCCAAGGGCGACAAGUUGAAGCUGCACUUCAAGGUCAACGUUGAGGAGCAGAAGAUCCUCUCCUGGGAGUUCCGCACCUUCGACUACGACAUCAAAUUCGGCAUCUACAGCGUGGACGACAAGACGGGCGAGAAGCGCAGCGAGGUGCCCCUGGGUACAGUGUACUCCAACGAGAUGGACGAGAUUGGCUACAUCUCCACGCGACCCAACACCACUUACACGGUGGUUUUCGACAACUCCGCCAGCUACCUGCGCAGCAAGAAGCUCCGCUACUGGGUGGACCUCAUCUCUGAGGAGGAGGAGGGCAUAUCCGAGCUGACCACCCAGAUGGACAACACGCAGAUUGCGAAUCAGCAGUGAACGGGAACGACUCCCCGCGCGAUCAGCAACCAAGCCAAAAACCAACGGGAGUAGAUAGAUUAUUAGAUAGACGACAACACAAACUAACCUCGGUGCAAUAGUCACAAAGCAUUUGGCCAGAUCUCCGCUGCCAUCUGCUCCUUCGGAGUCCGCAUGGCAGCAACUCUGGCGCAUCUGCAAUCGAACUAUGUGAUAGAAACAAAUUAGCAAAGGAAAACAGAACAGAAGUAUGACUCACAGCUACAUGUAUAGAUAAUCGAUAAUCUUUUUAUUACAUACCUAGCCGCACUGUUUAGUUAACAAUUUAUUAUCUUGGAUGUGUAAUUUGUUUUCAUGCCCAAUAUUUCAGGGAGUACAGCACAAUAAAAUGUAUAUAGCACCUGAUCCCCAAAUGAGA